UUGCUUUGUUUGUUGUCGCGAUGUGGAGCCAGUACCUUCUUAUGAGCUGAAAGUUCAGCUUGUUCGAUCCACGGUUGUAGAUGACACUCUUAGGUUGUUUGCGACAUCUCGCACUGAGAGGUUUGGCCUGGAAGUGUUAGUCACGCUUUUUGUCGUUGCUGUGGCUCCGAUUUCCAUUCGAUCCAAACUUUCUAAUUAUCGACAAAUGUUCUCGGAACAUUUUUAUUACGUAGGUGACCAGGGUUGCCAACUAAAAUUUUUAAAAAUCAGGAAGAAUGAAAAUAAAAAUCAGGAGAAAUCAGGAUAAUUAAUAUUGGGUUGUCCGGAAUGUUCGUGCGGAUUUUUGGGAAAACAAAAGCAAUAUUUUUGUUUCCAAUUUUAUAUGCACAGUUUUAUUCCACAAUCAUUCGCCAUCUUCCACUCAGCAUUUUUUUUCAUCCCAAAAGAUAAUUGCUUUUUCGUCGAAAGGAUCGAAGUUUUUUCCCUUGAGAGAACUUUGUAGGGAUCCAGUUUUUAAAUCAUUUAUGCUUAUGUUUUAUACAUAUGAAAUAUGCCAAAGAUAGUGUCGCGAGAUUUUUUUGUAUCACUUCUUACUUCUAGGAUGACAUAUUUUUACAGGUAUCCCACUGUAUUUGUAACGAAUAUUUUCAUUUAAAUGAAGUAAAAAACACUAACAUCAGUAAAAAGCAGGAGAAUUUCAGUAAAAUCAGGGAAAAUCGAAUGUUCGUCAGGAUAUCAGGAAGCGUGCCAAAAAUUCUGGGAAAUCCUGAAAAAUCAGGAAGGUUGGCAUCUCUGUAGGUGACAAUUUGUUUGGUAACUUUUAACAAUUUUGCUAAUCAGACAUACUAGUAUUUCGACUUUUUGCAAGGCACGACCAAUACUUUGAUGCGUAGCUCCUCUUGCUUGGACGCUGUUUUGAUAACUGAAAAAUAAAUAGAGUCACGAUUCUACACACACAUCUACAAAAUGAGAGGUGUUCAGGUUUUUUAUGUGCACGUUCGAAAGCGUUUUGAGUGCCCAAAUUUUGAUUGUAACACCCUCUGUUCAUGCCUCGUUAUCUGUGAUCAGGCCUUCGAUGAAUGUUGAGACGCAUUCAUUAGCAUAGAAAGCAUCUCUUGUGAGAUCUCAGUGCGAUGCAAUAUCAGCAUGAGUUUAUCACAUUUAGCAACAAUUAUGCAGUGAUUCGUAUGAGGCCCAAAACCCUCGUGUAAAAUGCUCUGAACAGUUCCAAAUAAUACGUUGGUGGUCUCAUCUAUCUCUCCAAUCGACAGUUUGUGAAUUUCGAUUAACAAUUUAUUGGUUCCAUCGCUUCAGCUUUUGAUAUUGAUGACCUUCCAGGAGCACAUGAUUGAAUUUUAAAUGUUCCAACGUGUUUCCAAUAGACCGUCAUCAUUGUAACACUUCAGUCACAUUUCAAAUGGGUCGGAAAAUUUUUACAGCAAAAUGCGUUAUUUUUUUCAAGAAGAACUCAGUGAAAACGUGAUGAACAGCGUAAUGAAGAUUGAACAAAACAUGAAUGUCAUUAUUAGUGCUACCCAAAAAUCGGGUUGUCCUGAUCUGGUUUAAUUCAGCUUGUGCUUCAAAAGUAUUCAACGAUCUGAUAAAUCGAAUAGAAUCAUUGUCUUUUCAACGCUGCAGUGUAAAAGUAGCGCUCUACCAAUCCAAUUUUCAGCCUCUCGCUUUCUGUAUCGACCUAUUUCGUCGUAUGGAACCACAAUCAAAUUACAACCUUCUCGCUAGCAGCUUUCAGCUGCUACUCGCUGAACAAACACAUCAGGGGAGAUGCAAAUCUUAUUUGAUGUGCGCGGUAAUUACCACUCCUAGCCAUGUCAGCCAGAGUCAGCUUACAAUACAAGCGUGUGCGCUCCGUUGUGCCCUGAUACCCACAUACAUAACCCAUCCCGAAUCAAUCAAACGUGUCAUCAAGGCCCGCGCAAAGGUUGCUUCCAUUUUCCGCGUUUUCUCCGCACACAGAUAGAAUCCUGUCCUGGUUCGGAAAACGCUGCCUAUUUUGAAUUUAACGAAACGGUGAAAAAAAAAAAAAAAAAGAAAAAUUGAAACAUGAGCUCCUCCUCCUCCGCUUGGCUCCGGUAGUGAAUGCGUGGCGCGGUAGUGCAACAUGAGCAGCAGUUCCAUCGGAUACCAUAGACUCUCGCAACGUGACGACGACCUUCAGGACAACGGCGACUCCAACGAUUCUUCCGCCAGUGAUAUCGAGGAGUGGAGCACCGGAAGUGGAAGCGGCCAAUUAAAGGAGCGGUUAGCGCUGCAUCGGGAGCAUCAGCGAUACGAUUUGGAGGCAGCAGACGGCAGCCGGCAGCGGCGACCCAGAAAUAUGACGUUCGAAAUGUAUGAGGAGCUGGUCGGAUCGAAGAAACGUAACCUUAAAAAGUUCCUGCUAACGGGCGGAGUGAUUGCCAUUGCACUUGCGAUAGUGGUUACGCUUAUCAUAGUGUUCACCGGCGCGAGCGAGACCACCAAUGGCGAUAACGAUCGCAUCGUUCAGAAGGGGGAUCCUAUCACGCUGGAGGAUUUCCUGACCGGAAAGCUGGUGGCGCGUGACUUCGGUGGCUCUUGGUCACCCAGCGGGAAGGUUAUCUCGCGGGACGAGAUGGGAGCUGUGCUGGCCUAUGACCCCCAAACGAACGAGACGAAGACACUGCUCGGGCUGGACCACGAGGAGCUGCUGCAGGGAUUCAAGUUCGAUCUGUCAGCCGAUGAGCGGUACUUGCUGGUGGCUCGAGGUUACAGUAAAAUCUUUCGGCAUAGCUUCCUGGCGGUCUACGAUAUAGUGGAUUUGCAGGAAAAGAACAAAGUUAUUCCGAUAAACGUUGGUGGUGUGAGGAAAGCCCUCAAUGUUGUCGAGUGGAGUCCGGUAGGGAACUCAUUCAUCUUCGUUCAUCUCAACAACCUUUACUACAAAGCAUCACCGGACGCACCGGAAGUGCAGAUAACCAGCGACGGCGCUCCAAGCGUUUACAACGGCAUUCCGGAUUGGGUCUACGAGGAGGAGGUCCUCUCCACAAACAUUGCGACGUGGUUUUCGCCGGAUGGCCAGAAAAUUGCAUUCAUGAAGUUCAACGACGUUAAUACUCGACUGAUGAAAAUUCCGAUCUAUGGUCCACCUGGUGUUCCUGAGUUCCAAUAUCCACACGAGCUGGCAUUACACUAUCCGAAAGCAGGAACCCCAAAUCCCGAGGUUAAUCUUUAUCAAGUUGAUCUGACCACUCCGAAGGUUAUGGUCGAAAUCAACCCUCCGGCAGCUUUGGUGACUGCUGAGAGAGAUCACAUCAUAACAUCUGUCGGAUGGGCCACCAACAAUCGUGUUAUAUCGAUUUGGAAGAAUCGGGUACAAAAUCAGGCCAUAAUCACAUCAUGCGACGAGAAAAACAAUUGUCUGGAGAUACAGGACAUUAAAGCCAACGGAGGUUGGUUAGAGCUGUUCAGUGCUCCUAUCUUUAACAAGGAUGGGUCGCAGUUUGUGAUCAUUAGUUCCCAGGAGCAGGCGGAGGCUGGGGGUUACCAUCACAUCACCAUGAUUUCCACCACGAGUAAAACUAGUGUGGCGAUCACUAGCGGAAAGUACGUCGUUCAGGAUAUCCUGAAGUGGGACCUCGAGACCAAUUUGAUAUUCUACACAGCCAACACGGAGCAAGAAUCGCACGUGUUGCACAUUUAUGCGGUUUUGGGAGAACCGGGUGCUAAACCGCAGUGUUUAAGCUGUGCUGUCGGGUCCAGUCCGAAGCAGUCCUACUUUAAGGCGCAGAUGAGCAAGAAGGGUAACUACAUGGUUCUGGAAGCGAAAGGACCGGGCGUUCCGCAGAGCGAGAUGCUCGAAUGGAGUUUCGUCAAUAAAUCCGUUCUCUUCAAACCGGUGAUGGUUUUAGAAACCAACGCAGAGCUCCGAGAUCGUUUGCAGGGGAAGGUCCUUCCAGAGGUUCAGUACCACGAAAUCGACCUUGGCAAUGGUUUCACUUCGAUGGUUAUGCUUCUGGUUCCACCCGGAGCAGACUUGAGCGGGAAAACCAAAUACCCUAUGCUGGUGGAUGUAUACGGUGGACCGAACUCCUAUUCGGUAACCAGCUCUUGGUCUGUGGGCUGGGGUCACCACAUGAGCUCAAACCGGUCGGUGGUUUAUGCCAAAAUUGACGGACGCGGCUCGGGACUGCGAGGGGAUAAGCUACUGUUCCAGCUCUAUCGCAAACUGGGUACAGUGGAAAUCGAAGAUCAGAUCACGACCUCUCAGAAGCUAGCUGAGAAACUCAACUUCAUCGAUCCUUCGCGAAUUGCCAUCUGGGGAUGGAGCUACGGCGGAUAUGCUUCCGCGAUGGCACUAGCCAAAGAUGAGCAGCACGUUUUCAAGUGUGCCGUGUCGGUCGCUCCGGUAACCGAUUGGACAUUCUACGAUUCAAUAUACACGGAGCGGUACAUGGGCUUGCCAACGUUGACAGACAACAAGAGAGGCUACGAACAGUCGCGACUAACGGCGCUGUUUGAGAACUUCAGGAAUCGAAAAUACAUGUUGAUCCACGGAACGUACGAUGAUAAUGUUCACUUCCAGCAGGCAAUGCAGCUGUCACGAGCCCUCGAGACCCAUGAUAUUAUGUUCAAACAAGUGAGCUAUCCCGAUGAGGAUCACAGCCUGGCUGGGGUGCGCCCUCAUCUGUAUCACACUCUUGGUCGUUUCUUCAGCGACUGUUUCGACCAGCAGGACUAGCAUAGGCUUCUGGUCGAUCAGAGCGAGCACGAGAUGUACUUCCUACCGGCAAACGAAAAUCCUCCACCGCAAAAGACUUAUUCGGUAUUCUGUGAGCAGUGCGAUUAUAACAGCAGCAGCAGCAGCAGCAGCAGCCAACAGCCCUCCGAAAGCGUGUGGCAGUGAGGAAGUGGGGGAAGGGGAGAGAGUUUUACUCUUGUAAAUACUGCAAUCAAGUGACUGUAAAUAUGAAAAUCCGUUUCGUUACCGUGCCGGAUUGUGAUUUACAUUCAAAACCAUGAAUUAACGUCUUGCCAGUUUCAAUAUGAAGUGUGUAAAGUACACAUCAAACCUGUUUAGAGUCCAAUUCAGCAGCACAAGGCCGAACCAAUGUCAUUAGCCAAUUGUAAAGAUAAGAUUAAAAAAUAAUACUAGUCAGUAUUCAGAAUGGAUGUGCAAAGUUAUAUUGUUUGUUACUUCAUAUACAUGUAUUUAGUAUAUUUCACUUCUUUUGAACACAGUUUUGAUGUUGAUUGAAGAACAGGAUUCAUGUUUAUCAGAGCGAACCGUGAUACAGGCAGACCAAAAGUCAAGGUUUGUAGAAUACAUGUUGGAAAUAAAUAUUUUAGUUAAACGACAAA